AUGCCUCCAGUCUCUCUUCGACAUGCGGCUGUUCCUUCGCCAGCCCUUCUGCGCUUCCUAAGGGCUCAAUCCACUCUGUCGAGGCUGCCAACCGCCACCUCUUUUGCGCCGCCGCGCUGCGCCUCCGUUUCUCAUGCACGUCUCGACUCUUCGCUCGCCGCGACAAACAUCCACCAGCCCUCAGCGCGCCCGCUUCAAACAGCAAACUCCGCUCGUGCAUUCCACAAAGCGCUUUCUCGUCCGUCGACUGCGUCAUGCCCAACUUUCCUGUCGUCGGCGGAGCCGUUGUCCCUCGUACCCCGGAAAAAGCAAGCCGAUUGCUUCGCUCCGCAUCGCGCAUUCACGAAUACAUCUUCCGCCGAUUUCUUCUGGAAAAAGCAACAGCGCAAGUCUGGCGCUGGUCCUCUUCAGCCCAAUGACUUACCCCCCCGUCAUCCCGAAGCCUAUGCUCCGGAUGAACACGGCAAUCUGGGCCGGGUUCUACGCCCGAUCAACGAACCACGCAUUAGGUGCACCGAAUUCGAUGACAACGGAAACAUUACACUUGUGAACAGUGAAUUCAGGAAGAGCGAACUGAUUGCAAAGUACGGACUUCUUCCUCGAGACCUGCGAAAAAUCGAUUCCUCCACGCUCCCGCACAUCCUCGUCCGUCCGUCCGCGAUCCUGUUGAACCUCCUUCAUCUGCGCGUUCUGAUCAAGCACAACCGCGUGCUCGUAUUCGAUGCGUACGGAACUACCAAUUCGUACGCUCAAUCGCUGUUCAUGUACGAUCUGGAAGGACGCUUGAGGCAGAAAGACUUGCGUCAAAACGGCUCUCUGCCCUAUGAAUUCCGCGCUUUGGAAGCCGUUCUUCUUAGCGUGACAACUGGUCUGGAAAGCGAAUUUGAGGGCGUACGCGAGCCCGUUGUACGCGUCCUACGGGAAUUGGAGGAGGACAUCGACCGCGACAAGCUGCGAUACCUGCUCGUCUAUUCCAAAAAACUCGGUUCCUUCGAACAGCAGGCCCGUCUCGUGAGAGACGCUUUGGAAGAGCUCCUUGAGGCCGACGACGACCUUGCGUCUAUGUAUCUCACAGAAAAGGUAACCGGCGAGGAGCGCGGCGAGCACGACCACGCCGAAGUCGAACUGCUGCUGGAAUCGUACCACAAGAUCGCCGACGAGAUCGUACAAUCCGCCGAGAACCUGGUCUCGAACAUUCGCAACACCGAGGAAAUUGUCAAAGCCAUCCUCGACGCCAAUCGCAACUCUCUCAUGCUCCUGGACCUCAAAUUCUCCGUCUGGACCGUUGGCAUAGCCGCCGGCACCUUCGUUGCCGCCCUCUACGGCAUGAACUUGAAGAACUUCAUCGAAGAAUCCGACCUCGGCUUCUGGGGCGUCAGCGGCUGGUGCGCCAUCGCCACGCUCCUCACCAGCUACCUCGGCCUGGGCCGCCUGCGUCGCGUCCAGCGCGUCUCCAUGUGGGGCGAGCACGGCACCCGCCGCUCGUCCUGGCGCGAGCUCGGCCCGCAGGCGCUUCUCUCGUCGUCGUCGCCCAACACUCCUAUGCCCCCGAGGGUACCUCCCGUCGGCGCUGCCGCGGCGGGCGUGACAGCCUCGGGGUCGACGGCGUCGGCGGCGUUUGGCGCGGGCGAUGUCAAGAGGGUGGAAAAGCUGAAGAAGCUGAAGGAGAUGCAUGCGCAGCAGGCGCUGGGCGUGAAUGCGGAGUUGCAGGCGGCGAGGAGGUCGUCGUUGCAUAGGCAUGGUCAUGGGCAGCAGUCGUCGUCGAACGCGAACGCGAACGGCGUGGAGUCGACGGGGCCUGCGCCUUCUUCUUCCACUUGA